UGUCUGUCUUUUUUGUCCUCCGAGUUUGUGUGGGCAUUCUUCUCCAUCAUGUCUGUAACUGCCUGCCAGGGCUUGGGGUUUGUGGUGUCGCUGAUCGGGUUGGCAGGCAUCAUUGCAGCCACUUGUAUGGACCAGUGGAGCACCCAGGACUUAUACAACAACCCAGUGACAGCUGUAUUCAACUUCCAAGGGCUAUGGCGCUCCUGUGUCCGAGAGAGCUCCGGCUUCACGGAGUGCCGAGGCUACUUCACCCUGCUGGGGUUGCCAGCCAUGUUGCAAGCAGUACGAGCCCUCAUGAUCGUGGGCAUUGUUCUGGGGGUCUUCGGUAUUCUAGUAUCCAUCUUCGCCCUGAAGUGCAUUCGAAUUGGCAGCAUGGAUGAUCCUGCCAAGGCCAAGAUGACACUGACCUCAGGGAUCCUGUUCAUCAUCUCAGGAAUCUGUGCAAUUAUCGGUGUGUCCGUGUUUGCCAACAUGCUGGUUACCAACUUCUGGAUGUCCACAGCGAACAUGUACAGCGGCAUGGGUGGCAUGGUGCAGACUGUUCAGACAAGGUACACCUUCGGUGCGGCUCUGUUUGUGGGGUGGGUCGCUGGAGGCCUCACACUAAUUGGGGGAGUGAUGAUGUGCAUCGCCUGCCGUGGCCUGACACCGGAUGAAAGCAACUUCAAAGCUGUGUCUUACCAUGCCUCUGGCCAAAAUGUUGCCUACAGGCCUGGAGGCUUCAAGGCCAGCACUGGCUUUGGGUCCAACAUCAGAAACAAGAAGAUAUACGAUGGGGGCGCCCGCACAGAGGAUGAUGAACAAUCUCCUCCUUCCAAGUAUGACUAUGUGUAAUGCUCUAAGAAACCCCCCAACAUGUGCAGAAGAAACCCUACCCCAAGAAGAGCUCACUCCAAAACAAGGACAUUCUACCUUGGUCCCUUAUUGCUUCUAACUGACAGUUAGAAGUUGGUUAAGCUUUGAUUUCAUCCAUGGUGAGGUUAGACAGUCUUGGCCACGUGUCUCUGUCUCUAAAUAUUCCAUCACAAAAUAGCUGAGUUAUCACUUAUGAGUUAGAAGGCACAACACUCUCUUAUCCCAAUCCUCUGCUUUUUACUAUAGACUUUUAAAUAAGAUGACAGAAUGUAACUUGACUCUCUGUCUAAUACUUUGAUGACUUGGACAAACUUUCCCUCCUCAUAUUUAAUAACCCUGAUGAUGAUCUAUUUCCCAGCUUGAUCCUCAAGGAAAAUUUUAAAAGGGAAAAAAUAGAUUAAAAGGCAUUAUUUCCUACUAAUUUUGCUUUACCCACCCCCAACUUGACUAAUAAUAAUAAUAAUAAUAAUGAACACUGAUUAAAGAAAAAGAAAUAAUAGAGGAGAGAUAGUUGAGGUCUCCCCAACAUACCAUCUGAGACACUCACAUGGUGACUCAGUGGUUUUCAGUAGAGGCAAACCAGCCUGUUUACUUCUCUUGGCCUCUGCUAGUUUCAACAAGACCAUCCCAAAGCUUUCCACCUGAGGUCCUCCUUUUGUCAGAAGUCAAAUUUUUCCUUGGAAGAGAAAGAAGUGGAGUUUUUGGUAACCCGAGUCCUGUGUACAGUUAUAAUAAAUAGUACAUUAGCAAAAUGGUAUAUAAUAUCGCUGUAAAUUAACCUCACCCUUAUAUACAGAAAAAUCUGGUGGGGGCAUGGAAAUCAUUCCUUGACGUUGUCUAUAUUGUACUCUAUAAGGUUCUGCAUAAAUCCAAACUUCAUGAAACGCUUAUGAUCCUAAUUGUUUUCUUUUGAAGUCUCCACAACAUGAGUACUCAUAGGUGCAGCCCUUGUUUAAAAAAAAAAAUCAAAUCCCCAAUCCUAGAAAGCAGCUUGAAACUGGUUCUUUCUUCAGAGAGAAUAGUGAGCCUGUGCAUCUUCACUGGUGUAGCUAUUGUCACUGUCAUUAACAGUGGCACUCCCUUGGCCCUGCGGUCAGUUCUGUGGUUCUGAGAGCUACACCAGUCCUUAGCAUGUGGGCCACACCCUUCUCUGGGCUUGUAGGACUGCCCUUUGGAGGAGAAAACAUGAACUCCAUCCCAAUGUGCAGCCAGAAGAGGCUCCCAGGAAACGGAGAUGAGGAUGCUCACUAAAACCCACCCAAGCCCAGAGCAGCAAUAGUGCUCUAGCCACAGUGUUGUUACGGAGGAAAGGGCAGUCCUCUCAUUAAUAGUGGAUAUAAAAGUGGCCUCCAGGGGGUGAGUGAAUACUCAGGGGUGUCUCAGGGUAGCACACAGAGUCCUUCCCACUGGGGCACCAGUGGUUUAGGCUAUAUUGAAGAGAGUCUUCCUGAAACUCAUUAUCUGAGGUGAUACAAAAAAAUGAACAGAUCAAAGAUUCAAGAGAGGAGGGAAAGAAGAAGGUGAAAAUAAGCAACUGAGGGCAUGGAAGUUAUCAGGGUUCUUGGGGUCCAAAUGGAAGGUCGUCCCUUUGAGACUAUGGACACAGUGAGCUUCCCCCAACCCACCCACCCACCCAUCAGAAAGUCCCUGGUCAGAUUAAAGGCAGUGAGGCCCAGCUGUGUUUUCAGUUAGUAGUUCUCUGUCUAACACAUCAUUGGUUUGUUUUUUUUUUUGUUGUUGUUGUUGUUUUGGGGAGAUUUUUUGUUUUGGUUUUGUUUUUCGAGACAGAGUUUCCCUGUGUUGCCCUGACUGUCCUGGAACUCACUCUGUAGACCAGGC